AUGGAGGCGAAGAAAGAAGAGAUAAGGAAAGGGCCAUGGAAAGCAGAGGAAGAUGAAGUGCUUAUCAAUCAUGUCAAGAAACAUGGACCCAGAGACUGGAGCUCCAUUCGAUCCAAAGGCCUUCUGCAUCGGACCGGAAAGUCCUGUCGCCUUCGUUGGGUCAAUAAGCUUCGACCGAACUUGAAGAAUGGUUGCAAAUUUUCAAUGGAGGAAGAGAGGGUGGUAAUAGAGUUGCAGGCGCAAUUUGGCAACAAAUGGGCGAAAAUAGCGACGUAUUUGCCAGGGAGAACUGACAAUGAUGUGAAAAAUUUCUGGAGUAGCAGGCAGAAGAGACUGGCUAGGAUUCUUCAUUCAGCAGCACCCUCCAGUUCCAAGUCACAGAAGGUCAAGAGGGACGUUCCAGCCUUCCACUAUGUUCACUCCGUGGAGGCCCCAACAUUCAGUUCUUCUUUGGAGGAAGAAUCAUCGUCGAAGGUUCAUUCGUGUUCAUCAUCCUACACAGAAAACCCAGAAGCUGUCAGGAUAAUGACAUUGCCAGACAUGGACAGGCCGGACUUCUUUAGUUUCGACAUGAACCAUUUCCAGCUUGAGCUUGAUCAUACUGAGAAAGACAUGUUCAUUGAGUCACAGCCACAAGUCUCCUUUCCUCAGAUUCCAGAACCUCAAUCAGGCCUCAUAUUCUCACCGGAAAGUCAAGAGCUCUUGUCCAGGCUCCAGGAUCCUUAUUUUCUCGACAUGUUUGGACAGGCACGGGCUCCUGAACUUGGCAAUGGAUCACAACUUUCUAUCGGACCACCUUUCUAUGACCCUGUAGUAAGCUGUACAAGUGCUGCUGCAAUGGAUGGAAGCAGCAACAACCCUGCAACCCCAUUUUCCUUCUUUGAUGACUUCCCUGACAACGUUUUUGAUCAGAUUGAGAAGCUUCCCAGUCCAUCAGACUGGUGA